AUGGCGACCACUGCCAUAGCCGGCGAGAAUAACAUCAAGUUCGUCUUCGCAAACUCGGCCUCCCUCGGCCUGAAAGGCUCCGGUAGCAGUUACUCCGGUGGCUUUACCCUCUUCGACAACGAUGACAAUAUCCUCUUCGAGAGCGAAGACGAUCUCGCUACCUGCGCACGCAGUACCAACCAUAUCGAGAUAACUUCGGACUGCUGGGAGGGAAUUUGGGACUUCAGUUGCGGGUCCUCCACUGGCGGCAUGCCCGGAGCAUGCAGCGCAUACGCCCCUGAUACCACAGAGACAAAGGGCGAGGCAAAGGACGAAUUUACACCUAGCAUCUGGGGCAGCGGCCAGGAGGGCGAGUGUAGUGGCACCAUUACUACUCACAGUGAUGGUGAGUGCACGAAGGAUAGCCUUGUGACGAUUCUGCGAACCUACCAAGGAAAGUAUACCCAUGACAAAUAG